CUAUGUUGUCGGUGAUAUGCUUCCGCGUUGGCGCUUUAUAUGGGAGGCCAUUCAGUGCCUCCACUCAGUACGAUCUUUAGGCCACUCGAUUUUGUUUCUAGUGAACUGAAGUCAUGUUAUAUGUGGUUGGUACCUACGUGCUGUCUGUUUUACUGUUUGCAAGAACAGCCGGACAGCUGACAGCCCGCUUAGUCAAUGGAACUAAUUAUGCGGGGCGCCUGGAGAUUCUUUACAAUGGAACCUGGAGCACCGUGUGUGACGAUUUCUUUGAAAACAUUGACGCACAGGUAGCCUGCAGGAUGCUGGGAUUUUACAGCCCUGGUGCUGUAGCUGUGUCGUCCAACAUGUACGGCGCGGGUCAAGGCAGUAUUUUGCUUGAUGAUGUUAACUGCUUGGGAACAGAAACCAGCUUGGAACAGUGCUCACAUCCAGGGUACUACCGUCACAACUGUGCACACCAAGAAGACAUCGGUGUCAUCUGUAAUAUUCCUGGACAACUAACAGCCCGCUUAGUGAACGGCACUCAGUGGGCGGGGCGCCUGGAGAUUUUGUACAACGGGACGUGGAGCACAGUGUGUGAUGAUGACUUCGGAAAAGAAGAAGCGAAGGUGGCUUGCAGAAUGAUGGGUUUUAGCAGAGCAGAGGUCCUACAAGUAGGUUCUGUAGUGUAUGGACCUGGCCAGGGAACUAUCUUACUGGACGAUGUAAUCUGCCAGGGUACAGAGACCAGUCUUGAUCAAUGUUCUCACCUACCAUUCUACCAACACAACUGUCAACAUGUCGAGGAUAUUGGUGUCAUCUGCAGUAACCAAUCUUCCCAACUGCGUUUGGCGGGAACAAGCCAAACUAGUCUGCUCAUGGGUCGUCCGGAAAUUUUUUUCCGUGAGUGGACUAUGCUGUGCCUCAUUACUAAUGAGACUGCCAAAGUCAUCUGUAGAACCCUUGGCUUUCCUUCGACCAAUGCAGUUGUGGUUGCAUCCUCAUUUGGACCUUUGCAAGGACGCUUUUUGUCAGACAGGGUGGCAUGCGUGGGUAAUGAGACCAGUCUUUUUAGCUGCAUCAGUAGCGUGACAAGCUACCUCGAUAGCUGCACCAUACAACGUGGAGUCAUCUGCAGUGACUCAAUCCAGACCCUAUAUAUUGUUGCUGGCGCAAAUUCUUCGAUUACUAGUUAUCCGUUUAUGGAGGGGACCAAAUGUGAGUCUAAAAUGUGAAAGUGUACAACGAAACCAGUUUAUCACCCAGUACACAUGGCUUGAAACUGCAAGUGGUCGUCCUUCUAACGAAUACCUGAUUUUUGACAAUGUAACUAAAACCCAUCAGGGAGGUCGAGUGAGCUGUGGAACCAGCUUAACUCUAGUGGAAUCAUUCAAUCAGCUGCCAGUGAAACACUACUGAUAAAUGUUUAUUAUAUCCCUGUUAUAAACAUUACAUCAAACCAGAAUGAAUGUGAAUCAGUACCUUCCUUUCCCAACCAUUGUGCUGUGACUGAGGGCCACAAUGUCACAUUUAGAUGUGAAGUCAACAGUAACCCGCCCCCUGCUGUAAUCAGAUGGUCUGGAAGCAUUUACAGCAAUACAAGAGAAUUUCAACUAACAUCAGUAAACCGACAGAUAGGACAGUCUCGGUAUCUCUGUAUUGUUACAACACAGUCUGUUGCUGAUGACAAGCGCCUGCCUUUGACUUCGUCUCGCUUGCUCACAGUUAUAAUCAAAUACCCGUCAACUGUGCUGAGGUUUCAAAUGAAUGCUGUGGAAAACGAGACAAUUAUUGUUAAUGAAAACUCCAGUAUUGAGAUGUUGUGUCAGGCGGACGGUAGACCUACACCACGGAUGUCGCUUGUCAUCAUCAAAGACAACAACCGUGUGCUUAGCUCUCGGCCUGCAGGUGUAAUACAGGUGAUGGAGGAGACAGGAGAAUUAAGAUAUUUCAUAAGUCAUAUUCAAUGCGAAGAUUCCGGUGACUACAAGUGUGAAGUGGAUAACGGUGUGGGAAUAGACAGCAAGACUGUCAAACUUUUAGUUCUGUGCGCUCCAAGAAUAAUUCAGACAGGAGAUCACAUUAUUUCGCUGGAUAUCGGGGAUUCUGAACGCGUUCUGAGUGUUCAACUGAAGUCGUACCCACCACCAGAAGUAGAAAGUGUGGCUUCUUACCAAACUAAAGUAAACGAUGGAAGAGCAUACCUACCCGCUUACGACCAAAUAAACGCAGUGUGUGUUGAAAACAGUCUUUCACCAGAACUCGCCACCUGUAACAUUACUGUUGACAAUGUGACAAAGGCUGAUGAAGGAUUUUAUACUAUAACCUUCAGAAACAAUCUUGGACAGGAACAUUUUCCUUUCAUUAUUGUAC